AUGAACUGCACUUUUAAUGCCACCUUAACUCCCCAGCUGGGUCUUGGAUUGAGCCCAGGGACAGGAGCUGACGAGUCCCAAGGGAGUGGUACUGGUGCUGGAGGUAGUGGUGGCUUGUGGGUGACAUUCCUGCUUGGUACUACACUGAUUAUCAUGUGUGUCGUGGGCAUGUCCGGCAACACAUACACACUUAUUGUUACACGCUCAGCUGCUUUGCGACGCACAGGUUCUAUGUACGUUUACAUCAUUAAUUUAGCUCUGGCUGACCUGCUGUACCUCUGCACCAUCCCUUUUGUAGUCUGCACCUACUUUGCCCACGACUGGCUGUUUGGUGAGGCCGGAUGUCGCAUCCUACUGAGUCUCGACCUCCUCACCAUGCAUGCCAGUGUCUUCAUUUUGGGUGUUAUGAGCUUGGAACGGUAUCGUGCUGUGGCUAAACCCUUCAGUGCACACAAGACCUCGUCCCGCAACCGACGGCUAGUGUCAGGAAUUAUUUGGGGGUUAUCUUUUCUGCUAACGCUUCCCAUGAUGGUGAUGAUCCGACUCAGGGAGGGCAAACCCACUGUGGCUGGUUCAGUCAAGAGAAUCUGCUAUCCAACCUGGACCCCUGAGGCCUUCAAGGCUUAUAUCAUUGCCCUGUUUUUCACCAGUGUUUUAGUCCCUGGAUUGGUAAUUGUUGGACUGUAUGCAGGGCUAGCUAGGCGCUACUGGGUAGCACAGGCUAACUUAGGGGGUAGCAGCCACUCUGCCAGAAGGACACGACUCAAACAAAAAGUCGUAUCAAUGAUCUUUAGCAUUGUGGUAGCUUACUGGACUUGCUUCUUGCCUUUUUGGGGAUGGCAGUUAGCCAAACUGUUCUCUCCAGAGUCCCUCAAAGCUUUGUCUCCAGCUGCUCAUAAUUAUGUAAAUUUCUUUGUCACAUGUCUCACGUAUGGAAACAGCUGUAUAAAUCCAUUUCUCUACACUCUACUGACUCGGAACUACAAAGAUUAUUUAGCACAGAAAGGACAGUCAUCAGGAUCCAGCAGGGCUGAUCCCGGGUCAGCUGUGACAACCCCACUGCAGGACUUUUAG